UGUGCGCGCUGCCUGGGCGCCUGAGGCAGGUUCUGCGCAUGCUCACAGGGAACGUUCGCUACUUCCGCUUCCUGUGCGUCUCAAAGCGCGGGCUCCGGAGAAGGUAGUCCGCGGCUCCUAUUCGCGUUUCUGACUGAUGCUGGGUUCUUGCUGCAGACUACGUCUAGCGACCCUGCAUUUAAACGGGAGCGGGAAGACUGUUGAAACUCACCCGGAUUUCCUUCUGGAUGUUCUGAUGCUGUGGAGUCUUGGGAUCUGAGGAGGCGAGAUAUGACUGAUUUCAGUGAAGAACUGACAAGGCCUGGGUCAGAGGAUGACCAAGUGGAAAUAUCUGCGGUCUCUGGUACAGGAAUGCACUUUCCGUGGCUUCAGGAGCAUCUGGAUGCUGUAGCGACUAGAGGGAAAAAGAAGAAGGAGUUCGCUCAGACCACAGGUGCUUGUCUAAGUUUCAUCAAGGAGGCCCUGCUGAAGCACCAGUGGCAGCGAGCCGCGGAGUACAUGUGCAGCUACCUGCAGAUCCUGGAGGAUUUUGACAGCAACAAGAGGCAGUCAGCGACUGAGAUUGUGUGGAAGCUUGGAAGCGAAGUUCUGUUUUAUCACCCCGAAAGCAGCACGGAGACCUUCAACACCUUUGCAGACCAGAUGAAGAACAUCGGCGUCCUGAACUAUCUGAAGAUCUCCUUACAGCACGCGCUGUACCUCAUUCAUCAUGGGAUGCUGGAGGAGGCGAGCAGAAAUCUCAGUCAGGCGGAGACCUGGAGAUACGGAGAGAAGUCGUCCUCCCAGGAGACACUGAUCAACCUGGUGCAGGCCUACAAAGGGCUCUUGGAGUAUUUCAGUUGGUCUGAAAGGAAGAUGGAGUUGUCAAAGCUUGAUAAGGAUGAUUAUGCCUAUAGCACAGAAGCCCGAAAUAUAGUCAGCCACAGCUGGAAGACAUCUGUAAAUUUCAAUGCACUGAUUAAAACUCCUGGAGUUUGGGACCCUUUUGUGAAGAGUUACGUAGAGAUGCUGGAAUUCUCUGGUGAUCGAGAUGGAGCCCGAAAGGUGCUCACCAGUUACGCGUAUGAUGAAAAGUUCCCGGCUAAUCCGAAUGCUCAUGUUUACUUGUACAACUUUCUAAAGAGAGAGAAGGCACCAAGAGCGAAACUGCUAAGCGUGCUGAAGAUUUUGUAUCAGAUUGUACCAUCUCAUAAACUGAUGUUAGAAUUCCAUUUGCUACUUAAAAAAUCAGAAAAAGAGGAACACCGUAAACUGGGGUUGGCAGUGUUAUUUGGGCUCCUGGAUUUUGCUGGAUGCACAAGGAACAUAACUGCUUGGAAACAUUUGGCAAGCUAUCUGAGACAGAUUUUAAUGCAGAAUCAUCUUGCGUGGGUCCAGGAAGAGUGGAAGUCCAGGAGGAACUGGUGGCCAGCCUUCCACUUCAGCUACUUUUGGGCAAAAAGUGACUGGAAGGAAGAUAAAGAUUUGGCUUACGAGAAAGCACUGAUAGCUGGAAUGCUGUUAGGAAAAGGUUGUAGGUAUUUUCGAUAUAUUUUAAAACAAGAUCAUCAAGGUGUAAAGAAGAAAAUUAAGCUGAUGAAGAAAUCAGUGAAGAAAUACAGCAUUGUAAAACCACCAGUAUGAUAUUAAAUUUCAGUUAUUUCCCACUUGUAGUCACAGAGUGGUAGCUCAGUAGAUAUUUACUGAAUAUAUUUAUUUGAUGUUUUACAAGAAGGUUAUCUGACUAUAAACAUUAUUUUUGUACUUUUUAUACUGCAGUAUUUUGUCAACUAAAGCUGAAAAAUAGCUCAUUGCCUUUGCUCUUUGUAAACAUAUAUUUUUUUCUCUUUUGUAGUGUUAAAUGUACUAUUUUUAAAGGAAUGAUCUUCAGAUGAAAAAAAUGAUUUAAUCAAUAGCUGUACAGCAGUUAUUGUUUGCAGGUAACUUGCCCCAUGCUCUUGUGUAAUAAAAUAUAUAAUGUGUACUGCUGCAAAAUGAAUUUGUGUUCUCCUUUAGAUUCUCACUGGCUCACAUUAGAUUUACCACCAUGAAGAAUAUUGGUGAGUUCUGGAGGAGGCUUGGAAAGACAGGGACUCAGGACAGGCUGCUGGCCAAGGAGGACCGAGUCUGUCUGAGGU